CAUGCACGCGAAGAAAAGCGCUGAGGAUGGAACGAGACCGCGCUCAGCUACUUGGCUGGCUAAUGCCACCCGUGUAACGCCUGAGCAUUAUGGCAGACCCGGGACUGCUAGACGGGAUGGAGCCAGAUCGACCCGCGGAGAGCUUGUCCAGGAGGUUUAGACCAGGCUGAACUCAUCCCCGAGAGCUGCAGUCAACAGCCGCCCAUUGAGCUGUUUUGCCGGAGUCAGUCCGAGCGGAGCCGCGGCAGAGAAGUUAUAUCCAAGGGAGGGAUUCGGGAAGCUGGAGAGACGCUGAGAGGGAUGGAUGAAGUGUCGAUUCCUUGCGGGCCUGGUCAGCCCGGCCCAGCCAGAGCAGCGAGGGCUCAUCCGGAGUGAAAUCUUUUCCGUCGCCUUCUCCUCCGCAGGGCGGCGAUGUCCGCUUUCUGCCUCGACCUGCAGACGCCUGCCGGUGUUUCAGCACCACUGGAGCUGGACAGCGACUGCAUGGAGCCCGAGUCCAGCCCAGCGGCUCCAGAGCCCGCCGGCUGCCAGGGUCCCACGCUGCGGCACACCGGCUCCGGAGGCCUCGGCGUGGCCUUAGAAGAGGAGCUGGCCAUGCUUGGUGGGGAUCAAGGCGACCCGGAGGAGCCGCCGGAAGCUGAAGCGCCAGAGUUGGUGCAUAACACGGACUUGUUGUCGCUCUUCCGACAAAAGGAAAAAGACUUGGUUUUAGCCGCGAAACUGGGCAAAGCUUUGCUGGAGAGGAACCAAGAUUUGACCAAGCAAUAUGAGAAAAUGCACAAAGAUCUCAACGAGAAACUAGAGCACUUGGAGCAGGAGAAGCACGAGUUACGACGGCGCCUGGAGAGUCGAGAAGGGGAGUGGGAGGGUCGCGUGGCCGAGCUGGAGACGGACGUCCAGCAACUUCAGGGCGAGCUGGAGCGUCACCAAGUCCAGCUCAGAGAGACAGACAGGGACAAGUCAAAGGCCAUCAGCGACCUGUCCGAACAGAACCACAGACUGCUGGAGCAACUCAGUCGGGCUGCAGAGGUGGAGAGGCAGCUGUCCACUCAGGUCCAUUCAUUACGGGACGAUUUCAGGGAGAAGAGCAUGUCCACAAGCCAGCACAUGACACGACUAGAAACUCUCCAAGCUGAGCAAGGGCUAGAAAUUAAGAUGCUGUCGGAGAGGAAGAUGGAACUGGAGCGGCGGGUCCACGCAAUGCUAGAGGAGAACGAGCUGCUGCAGAACACAGUGGAGAACCUCCGAGAGAGAACGCUGGUGCUGGAGAAGCAGUGCCAUGAGAAAGACCUUCAGCUGCGGCAGAAUCAGCUGGAGCUGCAGGAGGUCCAGGUGUCCCACCGACAGCUGACCGCUCGGCUGCAGGAGCUCACCGAGGAGCACAGCCUUCACAGCCUCACCCCUCACCCAUCCAGCCUUCUGUGUGAGAUCGAGCAGAGCAUGGAGCAGGAGGAGCAAGAGCAGGAGCGAGAGCAGCUGCGGCUGCAGCUGUGGGAGGCCUACUGCGAGGUCCGCUCCCUCUGCUCACACCUCCGGGGAAAUGACCUCACGGACUCUGCACUGUCCACCGACUCUUCCAUGGACGAGUCGUCAGAGACGUCCUCAGCCAAGGAUGUGCCUACAGGAAGCCUUCACACCAGCCUGCUGGAGCUGCGGAGGCUCACACAAAACCUGCUGGACGGCAAUGAGUCCACGGGCUCCAGACGCAGCGACGAAGAAGCCCUGGAGGACCAAGUGAGGAAGAUGGGGGAGGAGCUCAGAGAGGUCCGGGAGCUGUACGAGUUGGAGCAGGACAAGACGCGAGCCAGUGAGGACGAGCUGCUGCAGCUCCACAAUCAGAUGGCGCUGCUCUCAGUGGAGAUGUGCUCCCUCCAAGAGGAGAAUGAUCGGAUGAGAUCGAUGGCUGAAGUCCAGGAGCCGAGUGAGCUGGUCCAGAGUGCCAUCAGAGACAGAGAUGAAGCUAUAGCCAAGAAGAAAGCGGUGGAGAUGGAGCUGGCCAAAUGUAAAAUAGACAUCAUGUCUCUCAACAGUCAGCUCCUGGACGCCAUCCAGCAGAAGCUCAACCUGUCGCAGCAGCUGGAAGCCUGGCAGGAUGACAUGCACAGAGUUAUUGACCAGCAGUUGAUGGACAAGCACCAGGACGAGUGGCGAGAAGCUCCAUCCUCCCUGUCCGGGCCGUCCAGGCCCCACGGUGGUCAGUCCUCCAGACGGGCUCAGCGCAUCUCAGACCGCGACAGGAGACUUUUCUCUUUUUUCAAAAAGAACUGACCACUGCUGGAGGGCACAGCAGGCAGAGAGGAGCAGGAGAGGAGGCAGGGGGACGUCACCAUUGAAGGCACACCUGGGUUCGGCCAAACCGGGGGACGGGAUGAAGGUGGGGGGUGGAUCAUUUUGCACUUUCAUGCCUCCUCUUCUUCCUGUCGCUGGCGUGUGUGAACACUGAGGCGCAUCACCACUUCCCAGAGGUCACAGAGAGCGUCAGCAGGGUCACAAUGUUUCCUUGUAGUGCCUACAAUCUCCACCACUGCCAGCUCUGCAGAGAGAAAACGCUCACUGUUCACACCCCAGCUGGAAGUGGGGGGGCGUGACGGGGGGACGGCGGCGACACUGGCGGGUCUGAUGUGAUGCAGCUACUCGGGUUUAUCCAGAUGUUGGACGAGGUCAGCGUCAUCUCACAGGUCAACUGACACACUUAUUUUCUUACUCACACUGAGGCACUUUAUGGUUACCAUGGUAACAAGAGGAGGAUCUGCGAGCGUAAAUGGAACAAUAAAAAUGUAAAGCUGCUGGAUGAUAUUUUUAUUUUUUCUCAUAAAAAAAUAAAAAUAUAUGUAAAGACAAACAACUGAAGUUUCUCCCAUACAAAACAACUUUUAAAAUUGAUGGCUCUAAAUUUCCGGCAUGAAAUAUUACUAAACAUUUUACCAAAUAUAUUUGUUGACACUUUAUCAUCUAUUUUACAAGACUUGAGAUCAAAUUAUUUUUUUAAAGUGAAUUAACAUGGUAUAUUUUAUCAUCAGUGACAUCCAACAUGCUGGUAAACCUGAGUAGCAGAAAGCGCGGGUACAUAUUUUUCUACAGAUCAUAUUCUUUUUAACAUAAAUCAUUUUCUGAUAAAGAAUAAUCCAUCAUCUUCCUAGUCGACCAAAUUUUUCUAAGUGUUUACAUUGAGAAGGAGGAGGAGCUGAGUCACCACCUGAAGAGAUCUACCUCCAUUCCAAGGUCUUCACCGGCACUUUGGUUGUGUUAGCCGCGGGGCUUCCAUAUGUUCACCACGUGCGUGGCUCCAUGGUUGGGACAGGACGUCAGGCGCCUCUCUGUCUGCCCGGAAUGUGUCUCACCUAUGCAGAUGUCUUCUGGUCAUCUCAGCUGGCUGUUGGGAAGGAUCAACCCAAAGAAUGAUUUUUAUAACUCACUGGAUGAUAUAUUUAUAAGAAAAAGUACAUAUCUUUUGGAGAAAAAAAAGUUUUUAAAGACAAAGAAACACCCGCCAUUUUGUAGUUUUUGGUUUCCUGUUACUUUCGUGGUCGGUUCUUGGUCAAGCCAUCUUGGACUUUGUUGCUUUCUACUGCCGAGGUGCAGCAGGUGGUGGAGCGGGACAUUGGAUGCCAUGUUUAGGUUCAUAGUAGUAUGUGAGUUUUGGGCAUCAGCAGCUCAGAUUUCCUUUAUUUACUUUCUUAUCCCUCAAGCAUCAUUAGGAAGAUUUAUUUACAUCGUUCUACAAAUUCACUAAGAUAAACAUGUUGCAUGGUUGAUGAAACAGUGUCCCAAUUUCUAGAGGCCACUAGAUGGCGCCAUUGGUUUAGAAAUGCCGUGAAGUUACACAUUUUACAGCAAACAGCGCCAUCUGGUGGCCUCUGGAAAUUGGGACACUGUUUCAUGAAGCCUCAUCGACCCAUCACUACUGCAUCAUUUUGUUCUUUCAAGUAUAUUUUAGAAAUCCCUGUCAAUUUUGAGAAGCUAUUAAACCAUCAACAAAAUAGACAAAUCACUGACUUACUUUAAAGCUCAGAUUAUUAUGACCAAACAUUUUUUUAGACUUCCAAAUUCCACAUUUGUUUGAGAAUUUUAUGAUCAAACAACAUAUCAGUGAUACUUUUGGAUGUGCGUUUGUGUAGCAAAAGUUCUCCCUUCUAAGGACAAAUUUAUGGAAAAUAAGUCAUAUCAUUAUCAUGUUUCACAGUUUUCAACCACUUGAAUUUCAUAUAUAUAUAUAUAUAUAUAUAUAUAUAUAUAUAUAUAUAUAUAUAUAUAUGAACUAAUUUCCCAUACAAACUGUGUUACUAUUGUUUUAUAUGUUUUUUUAAAUCAUACUUGCAGGAACACUUUAAUUUCACCCCGGACGUUAUUUUAACCUUGUAAUCUCGGUUCGAUUUAGAUGGGAAAUAGAGAGUACCAGCUCCUGCUGCAGCCUCCCUUCUUAAACUCAUUGUAAUGGCAUUUUUGUUUGUGUGUUUGGAGAAUGGAAAGCAUUUGAAAAACAAGUGUCUCUGCUGUAAACAUCCUGAUGCUGCCGAUGUGUGUGUGUGUGUCAGUGACAGACAUGCCAUUGAGCGUGUGCUCCACUGCUCGUCUCUUCUUGUAAAUUUGGAAUUUCAAGCUCUGGGUGGACUCAUUGUGCUCCAUGCGAGUGCUUCCAUUCGCCACUGACAAACGGCGCUGUUUUGGUUCCCCAAGGCUUCUAACUAUUCUAAAUAUUUAUCAUGCAAUUUUCUUAGCAUUCCGAGAAUUUCUUUUUUCUACCAAUAAAUUCUUUACAAUUCACUUGU